AUGAGGGCUGUACUGGAGACAGCAGACAUUGCCAUAGUGGCCCUGUAUUUUAUCCUGGUCAUGUGCAUUGGUUUUUUUGCCAUGUGGAAAUCUAAUAGAAGCACCGUGAGUGGAUACUUCCUGGCGGGGCGCUCUAUGACCUGGGUAGCAAUUGGUGCCUCUCUGUUUGUGAGCAAUAUUGGGAGUGAGCACUUCAUUGGGCUGGCAGGAUCUGGAGCUGCAAGUGGAUUUGCAGUGGGCGCAUGGGAAUUCAAUGCCUUACUGCUUUUGCAACUUCUGGGAUGGGUUUUCAUCCCUAUUUACAUCCGGUCAGGGGUAUACACCAUGCCUGAAUACUUGUCCAAGCGAUUUGGUGGCCAUAGGAUUCAGGUCUAUUUCGCAGCCUUGUCUCUGAUUCUCUAUAUCUUCACCAAGCUCUCAGUGGAUCUGUAUUCAGGUGCCCUCUUUAUCCAGGAGUCUUUGGGUUGGAACCUCUAUGUGUCUGUCAUCCUGCUCAUUGGCAUGACUGCUUUGCUGACUGUCACCGGAGGCCUUGUUGCAGUGAUCUACACAGACACUCUCCAGGCUCUGCUUAUGAUCGUUGGGGCACUCACACUUAUGAUUAUUAGCAUGAUGGAGAUUGGCGGGUUUGAGGAAGUUAAGAGAAGGUACAUGUUGGCCUCACCCAAUGUUACUUCCAUCUUGUUGACAUACAACCUUUCCAACACAAAUUCUUGUCAUGUCCACCCUAAGAAAGAUGCACUGAAAAUGUUGCGGAAUCCAACAGAUGAAGAUGUUCCUUGGCCUGGAUUCGUUCUUGGGCAGACCCCAGCUUCAGUAUGGUACUGGUGUGCUGACCAAGUCAUCGUGCAGAGAGUCUUAGCAGCUAAAAACAUUGCUCAUGCCAAAGGCUCUACUCUUAUGGCUGGCUUCUUGAAGCUUCUGCCAAUGUUUAUCAUAGUUGUCCCAGGAAUGAUUUCCAGGAUACUGUUUGCUGAUGAUAUAGCUUGCAUCAACCCAGAGCACUGCAUGCAAGUAUGUGGAAGCAGAGCUGGGUGCUCUAAUAUUGCUUACCCACGCCUGGUGAUGAAGCUGGUUCCCGUGGGCCUCCGUGGCUUAAUGAUGGCAGUGAUGAUUGCAGCUCUGAUGAGCGACUUGGACUCUAUCUUUAACAGUGCCAGUACCAUAUUCACCCUCGAUGUGUACAAACUCAUCCGCAGGAGCGCAAGCUCCAGGGAACUAAUGAUUGUGGGGAGGAUAUUUGUGGCUUUUAUGGUGGUGAUCAGCAUUGCAUGGGUGCCAAUCAUCGUGGAGAUGCAAGGAGGCCAGAUGUACCUUUACAUUCAGGAGGUAGCAGAUUACCUGACACCCCCAGUUGCGGCCCUGUUCCUUCUGGCAAUUUUCUGGAAGCGCUGCAAUGAGCAAGGGGCUUUCUAUGGUGGAAUGGCUGGCUUUGUUCUUGGAGCAGUCCGUUUGACACUGGCCUUUGCAUACCGUGCCCCAGAAUGUGACCAACCUGAUAACAGGCCAGGCUUCAUCAAAGACAUCCAUUACAUGUAUGUGGCCACAGCAUUGUUUUGGGUCACAGGACUCAUUACUGUAAUUGUUAGCCUUCUCACACCACCUCCCACAAAGGAACAGAUUCGUACCACCACCUUUUGGUCUAAGAAGAGCCUGGUGGUGAAGGAAAGCUGCUCCCCGAAAGAUGAACCGUACAAAAUGCAAGAGAAGAGCAUUCUGAGGUGCAGUGAGAACAGUGAGGCCAUCAACCACAUCAUUCCCAAUGGGAAAUCUGAAGAUAGUAUCAAGGGCCUUCAGCCAGAAGAUGUUAAUCUCUUGGUGACCUGCAGAGAAGAGGGCAAUCCGGUGGCUUCGUUAGGGCAUUCAGAGGCAGAAACACCAGUAGAUGCUUAUUCCAAUGGGCAAGCCGCUCUUAUGGGUGAGAAAGAGAGAAAGAAGGAAACAGAGGAUGGAGGCCGGUACUGGAAGUUCAUAGACUGGUUCUGUGGCUUUAAAAGUAAGAGCCUCAGCAAGAGGAGUCUCAGAGACCUGAUGGAGGAGGAGGCUGUUUGUUUACAAAUGUUGGAAGAGCCUCCACAAGUUAAACUAAUAUUAAAUAUCGGACUUUUUGCUGUGUGUUCACUUGGAAUUUUCAUGUUUGUUUAUUUCUCCUUAUGAACUUUUUAAGGAUAUGAUGAGACACUAACUUAAGAAAAUACUGGUCUUUGGAAA